GGUGCAGCUCAAUCUCAGCAGGGCGGAUUCUGGAGGAGGCUGCUUUGAGGCUGCGCGACACCCGGAGUUCCCACGGUUCGGCCGUCACCGCGGCGGUCACCCGCCCAGCCUUCUGUAGCAGACGCCGGCGUGCAGAAUGAUCUGGAAAGUGGCCGUGCUUCUCAGCCUGGCGCUGGGUGCUAGAGCUGUUCCCGUUGGCGUGGAUGACCCUGAGGAUGGCGGCAAGCACUGGGUGGUGAUCGUGGCGGGCUCCAACGGCUGGUAUAAUUACCGGCACCAGGCAGAUGCGUGCCACGCCUACCAGAUCAUUCACCGAAAUGGGAUUCCAGACGAGCAGAUCAUAGUGAUGAUGUAUGAUGACAUUGCCAACUCGGACGAAAACCCUACCCCAGGUAUUGUGAUCAACCGGCCGAACGGCACAGACGUGUACAAGGGAGUCCUGAAGGAUUACACUGGAGAGGAUGUGACUCCGGAGAAUUUCCUCGCAGUGCUGAGAGGCGACGCAGAAGCUGUGAAGGGCAAAGGGUCUGGAAAAGUCCUGAGGAGUGGUCCCCGGGAUCAUGUGUUCGUUUACUUCACUGACCACGGAGCCACCGGAAUUCUGGUGUUUCCUAGUGAUGAUCUUCAUGUCAAGGACCUGAACAAGACUAUUCAAUACAUGUAUGAGCACAAAAUGUACAAGAAGAUGGUGUUCUACAUCGAAGCAUGUGAGUCCGGCUCCAUGAUGAACCACCUGCCCAAUGACAUCAAUGUUUAUGCAACUACCGCCGCCAACCCCAACGAGUCAUCUUACGCCUGCUACUAUGACGAGGAGAGAAAUACCUACCUGGGUGACUGGUACAGCGUCAACUGGAUGGAAGACUCUGACGUGGAGGAUCUGUCCAGAGAGACACUUCACAAGCAAUACCACCUGGUCAAGUCUCACACCAACACCAGCCACGUCAUGCAGUAUGGGAACAAAUCUAUCUCCACCAUGAAAGUGAUGCAGUUCCAGGGUAUGAAGCACAGAGCCAGUUCCCCCAUCUCUCUGCCUCCAGUCACACGCCUUGACCUCACCCCUAGCCCAGAGGUGCCACUGACCAUCCUGAAAAGGAAGCUGCUGAGGACCAACGAUCUGAAGCAAUCCCAGAAUCUCAUCGGGCAGAUCCAGCAGCUUCUGGAUGCCAGGCACGUCAUUGAGAAGUCUGUGCACAAGAUCGUCUCCUUGCUGGCGGGAUUUGGGGAUGCUGCUGAGAGACUCCUGUCGGAAAGAGCCGUGCUCACAGCACAUGACUGCUACCAGGAGGCUGUGACCCACUUCCGCACACACUGCUUUAACUGGCACUCCGCCACGUAUGAGUAUGCCUUGAGGCAUUUGUAUGUGCUGGCAAACCUCUGUGAGAAGCCAUAUCCGAUUGACAGGAUAACGAUGGCCAUGGACAAGGUGUGCCUUAGUCACUACUGAACAGCUGCCUUCCCAACUCUUCUUGAAGAGUGAACACAGUUCAUUGGAAUGUGUACCAACCUGGGACUGAAAGGGUGGAGCCACAGGCAGCCACCACGGGAAGGCUGCCAGCCCAGCCCUGGGCUUUCUUUCUGAAGAUACUUGUCUACUAAGAAGCAGGUUUGGGUGGUCAAUGCUCUCUGGAGAAAGGACUUUUGCUUCUUAGAAGUUUUUUGUGUUGUGUUUUUUUUUUUUUUUUUUUUUUUUUUUUUUUUUUUUUUUUGUCCAUUAGCUUUCAAGAGCAAAUUCACUGAGGCGUCUGUCGCCAGUGAAGGAAUCUUCUGAGAUUUGAAGCUGAAACCUCUUUCCGUCUUCACGGUGAUUUUACUGAAGGGGGGCUGAAAGCCCUUAAAGGAGAAUUAUUUUUAGAAAAUAUAAUUUUUGAUUGCUUUUGUAUUUUAUUCUGUGAUAAUGGAUGUCUUAAAAAAAUAAGUGAAGCAAGA